AUGAAUAAUAAUCAUUUCAGAGACGCUCAGUAUGAGGGUCGUCUAACUUACGAAAGGAGAGGACGAAUGAAAAAGAAACGUUAUGUAGUGUUGACAACGAAAUACUUGUUGACAUUCAAUGAUCCUAAGAGUGCAUACGAAGCAUCCGAGAAAUGGCCAAUAGUUCCAACAACAAAUAAGCACAUUCUUAUACAAUUGGAUUGCAUUGUUUGUAUACGAGUUAUCAGUUGGAAUAGCUUCCGAAUUGACUUCUUACAUCAACCCAGUAAUGGACUUCGUACUAUUUUUUUCUCUACAGACGAUGCGAGACAGUGGAUUGAAAAACUGAAAGAAUUAAACUCUUCUAAUGAAAACUUAGGAAGAGCAUCUGCAAACGAAUUAGGUGAACGUAUUGAUAGUCAGUUCAAAAAGUCGCUUGAACAACGACCAUUAUAUCGAGUGCUCUUUGCCAGAUCAAAUUCUAUUGAUACUAAAUACGUUGAGGGCGCGCAACUGUCUCUGCUCGCUAUUGAUGAGACAUGCAUUUACUUCAUUAGUAAUGGCAAUGUUAGUACAGAUGGACUGUUAAUUAUUAAAAAAAUUAUUUUCUCUGGGUUUGAUGAUACCAUUCAGCUAAUCUUGCAAUUUCCACUCGAACCGGCAUACAGUAUCCUCAUAUCCUCAGUUUGUUCGAAAUUAAUAAUAACUGACAUACGACAAGCAAUAGCAACUCUCGCCCCCUUUUAUGCCAUUUCAAUAGAUGCACCAAUCGAUGUUCAGCAGCAGGAAAUACACCCAACAACGGCGCUAGGCGGUAAUGAAUCAUUUAAAACUCUUCUCAGAGCAUAUUGUGACGCACUGUUAAUAAAUUUUAACAGGAUCAUAAUAACUACCGAUGAAUGGAAUAAUGAUCCUGCUGGAUUGCAAAUAACUGUUUGUUCGCCAAAGAAUCACCCGUACUCUGCGAAAGAACUCUUUGCUAUCUUUCGCUCUCUCCGGUGUAAUACAUCAAUAAUCGAGAUUAGCUUCAAGUCAGUAGAUUUGUCUAAUCUCGAAGUGGUCGAUAAUAAUAUCAUAGACGUUCAAGAAGAUCAAAAUGGGAUGGAUUCGUUCCUUAACGAUGUUACAAUACUAACUAGCGAGUUAUAUCACCUGAUUACAACGAACAGCUUUCUGAUUAAACUCGAUCUAACUGAUUGCAACAUUAAGGCAAAUAAUGUCAGAAUGGGUACCCUAGCCGCAAUUGGACUGGCGAUUAAUACUGGCAAAACUAGACUGGAAAUGUUACACCUUGGAGGAAAUGUGAUAACAGAACCUGAUAGAGUGGUGAUUGAACAGGGUAUAAGAGAAAGGGAACAAGCAAUCAAAGAGUUAGAUAUUUCAUCUCCAUUACAGAAUAAAUCGCAGGCUGACUCGGAGAAUCAUGCUAAGAUGAGGGAGGAGUGUGUUUUCAAAAUGAUUCAAGUACUAUUAGAAGUUGUUCCUGAUACUCUUGAAUAUUUGAACGUGUCCAAUAAUGAGUUGAGCAGCAACAUGGCGACAGCAUUGGCUGAGUUUACUGCCCUCAGAACGUUCAAGAUGGCUAACAUGAGCUGUACCAAUGUAUUCGAUCUAACCCGGAUAUCAUCAGGAGUCCUGGAAGAACUUGAGCUCAGUGGUACGUCACUCACUCCAAAUAACAUUGAUGUGCUGAGUUCGUUCAUUCGAGAAAAUGGCUCUGAUUGUUUGAAGAUCCUUUCUAUUGAGAAUUGCAACGUAAAUAGUGAGGAGUUCGCCAAGAUAUGUUCCGCAAUAUGUGAAUCGCAAAAGCUGGAUAUUAAAUUGAACGUUGGCAACAAUCCUCUUUUAACAAAUUUUGAUGUUUUUAUCGAUAUAUUUCAGCAGAACAAGACACCUGCCUGCCUGUCUAUUGAUUUCAUCGAAUGGGAGAGGAGACGGUUAGUCGGUGUAUUUGACGUCUUGAAACGUAAUACCAGUCUAAAGUCGUUGAGUAUAGCCAAGCCUAUAUUUAGAGAUGCGAGUGGUACCGUUCAGGCAAUGGAUGAUACCGUUGCUCAGGCUAUGUCUGAGUUUCUGGCGAGGAACACGACGCUUGAAGAGUUGAACAUAAGUGGGGAUGGUGAAAAUAAAUAUGGGGAUAAAUUGACAAUAGCGUUCGAAGGAUUGCCAGAUGGCGGGUUAAAAGAGAAUACCAACUUGAAGAUUAUCGACGUGAGCGGGAAUGGGUUGGGUAAGACUGGAAUUGAUUCUUUUUCUAGAGCAAUAUCAGCGCACAGAUCAUUAAAGGAAAUUUCCAUUGACGACAACAAAAUUGAUGAAGACUGUCUUGAUGUUAUCAUAGGCGCUAUAAUGUCAAACCCGAAUAUCACUCGAUGGCCGCGUCCAUCUAACGAUCUUAAACAACUUUCUCGAGACAUUCUAACGAGAUUGCGAGAUAAUGGUUUCCAUAUAGCACGAAUGGAAGCCGCCAUCCAACUCGCUGUUGGGUCGACACGUGCUAAUGAGAGAAAGAUUCUUAAUGAUAUGAGACGUAAUCAUGAAGAGUUGCAGACUUUAGAAAUUGGUAUAAAGGCAAAGUUGGAUGAGCUUGAUAGGAAACUAAUGGAUAGAAAAGCGAGCGAGACGAUGUUUCUCCCUGAGAAUUUAUUAUAA